AUCUGUUUGAAUUAUGGAAGUGGACUCCAUUGGAAGGUUUAUGAUCGAAGUGGCCGGAGUGGCAUGUUGUCUCAUCCCAACAGCCUCAUUAGACAGAAGCGAGAAUGGAUAGUCCCUCCAGCUUUCAUACGGGAAGAGGAAGACAAUUCAUAUAGGAAUCCAAUUGUUAGAAUACAUUCUGAUCAUGAAGGUGCAGGGAUAGUGGUAACUUAUACUAUAUCUGGUCAAGGAGUAACAGAACCUCCUUAUGGAUUAUUUGUUAUCGAUGGGAAGACUGGAAACCUGAACGUAACAGGAAGGGUUGACAGAGAAAAGACUCCAGUGCUGUUUCUCAGAGGUCAUGCAUUAGAUAAGAAUGGAGCAAAACUGGAAGAUCCAAUAGACCUCACAAUUAAAGUUCUGGAUGUAAAUGACAAUCCUCCAGUGUUUUCACAUGAAGUUUUUGUUGGUUCAGUUGAAGAAUUAAGUGAAACAGGUACAAUUGUAUUGAAGAUAAAUGCAACAGAUGCAGAUGAACCAAAUAACCUGAAUUCCCAAAUUGCUUACAGGAUCACAUCCCAAAGCCCUAGUUCCGCAUUCAGCAUCAAUAAAGAUACUGGAGAGGUUCGAGUAGCAGCAAUAAACCUUGACAGAGAGACACAAAGUAGCUAUUCUUUGAGGGUAGAAGCAAGAGAUCUUGGUGGUUCAUCAAAUGGAAUGCAUGCAACUUGUUCAGUAAAAAUAAAGAUUUUGGAUGUCAAUGACAACCUGCCUGUGGUUGAAGGUCAUACAUUUGAAGGAAGCAUUGAAGAAAACAGAGCAAAUGUGGAAAUCAUGCGAAUAAAAGUGUUUGACAAAGAUGAAGAGUUUUCUGAUAACUGGCUGGCGAAUUUUUCGUUUGUUUCUGGUAAUGAAGGUGGCUUUUUUCAUAUGGUAACAGAUACCAAAACAAAUGAAGGAAUUCUGACUCUUGUAAAGGAACUAAACUACGAAGAAAUGCAAAGCCUAAACUUGGGUGUUGUUGUUACAAACAAAGCAGAAUUCCAUAAGUCAAUUAAAAACAGCUAUAAAGCACAAACAAUUCCAAUCAAAAUUAAAGUGAUUAAUGUGCGGGAAGGCCCUGUAUUCCCUGGUGGCACAAAAAUUAUUACGGCAAGUGAGAGCCUGCAAGUAACCCAGGUUAUUGGACAGUAUCAAGCACUUGAUGAAGACACAGGAAAAGUAGCAACGAACAUAAAAUACAUCAAAGGAAGAGACGCAGCAAACUGGAUCAAGAUAGAUCCAGUUACAGGUGAAAUCCAACUUGCCAAAAGCCUUGAUUACGAAUCACAAUAUGUAGUAAACAGCACCUACACUUUCACCAUGUUGGGUGUAACUACUGAUCUUCCUGCGAAAACAGUCACUGGCACAGUUGUUAUUCAAGUUAAAGAUGAGAAUGAUAACUGCCCAAUUAUCAAGAAUCCUGUGCAGACUGUGUGUUCAGAUGCAAAACUAAUUGACGUAACAGCAAGUGAUUUGGAUAGUUUCCCCAACAGUGCUCCCUUCACCUUCACUAUCAUUGAUGAGCCAGAAGGGACAGCAAAAAAUUGGAUAAUUGCAUACAGAAAUGACACCAGUGUGCAGCUGGCCCCCCAGAACCUGAAGGUGGGCAGAUCUGAAGUUCCCCUCUUAAUACAGGAUUUGCAAGGGUUCAGCUGUGCUCAGUCGCAGUCCCUGGAACUGACUGUUUGUACGUGUGCAGCUGAUGGUGGAUGCAAAGAGAAACUUAUUUCCAGUACAUCAGUGGGCCUGGGACCAGGAGCGAUUGCACUAAUCAUCUUGGCGUUUUUACUUUUGCUACUUCUUCCACUGUUACUGCUGUUGUGUCCAUGUGGCUCAGGAGCAAAGGGAUUUGCUGCAAUACCAGACUGCAGCGAAGAGAUGUUGCGUAAAUGGAACAGCGAAGGAGCAGCUCCUGAAGAGAAGCCAUUGCAAAGCAUCAUCACACCCACUGCACUGGGGAACUCUAGAGGAGUGACCGCUGGAGCAGCAGCAGCAGCAGCAGCAGGAGCAGCAACAACAGCAGCAGCAGCAGGAGGAGGAAUGAGUGCAGAGGAAGCUGCAGCAUGUGGAGGCAGCUCUGCCUCUAAUGUAAGAGGGCGUUGCAGCAUCGUUACCAGGGAAGGAUGGGAAGAGCAAAGACAUCUCCUUUCUGGUGCUGAUUACCAUGCCAGAGCUGCAGCAGCUGGAGGUGUUGAAGGCAUGGCAGCUGGAGAAGGCAACAUGGUAGCAGCUGGAAGAGGUGUGGCAAUGGGAACUGCAGGAGCCAUGAAUGAAGAAUUUUUAAGAGACUACUUCAAUGACAAAGCUGUCUCUUUUGCGGAAGAAGAUGAAGCCCAAGCUGCAAGGGACUGUCUCCUGGUUUAUUCCCAGGGGGAGUCUGGCUCCCCCCAUGGCUCCAUCGGCUGCUGCAGCUUCAUUGAGGGUGACUUUGAUGACCACUUUCUGGAUGAUUUAGGAGAUAAAUUUAAGACUCUAGCAGAAAUAUGCAUAGGUAGACACAUCGACAUGAAAGAUGGUAGCUCCAGGAAUGAAUCUGGUUUCGGCGUUCAUGAUGCAAGCUCACAGCUCUUAAAUCAGCAAAAAGCUUUCAGCUCCAAACAAGCAUUUACCUCGGGCAGCCACAUCUCGUCCGCCCCGCCAGCGCAGACAGGCAGUGGCAUGGGACAAGAGGCUGUGUCCCAGGAGGUGGUCACGGAGACUAACUUCUCAUCACGGUCUGGGCAGCAUGACACCCAUCCCACAUCCUACACGGAGACCAAUGUCACCAUGACGGAAACGUCCUAUUCUGCGGGGGGCCCUGCCCACUCGGCCGCCGUUUUUCUAGAUCCCCAGUUUUCAGAGAACGUGGUGGUGACGGAGAGGGUGCUGGCCCCUGCAUCGAGCUUGCAGGGAAUGGUGGAAAUACCCAGCCUGCCCUCUGGAAGCAAUGUGGUGGUUACGGAAAGGAUGGUAAAGUCAGAGGGUGCUAGGGCAGGAACCAUGAUGGUUCCGGACCUCACCGACUCGAAGUACGUGGUGGUGAGGGAGCGGGAGAGGGUGCUCGUGCCUGCUGCCGAGCAGGGCUCGCUGAGCUACCCCACCUUGUCUGAGGGGCAGAGUAUAGUGGUGAACGAGAAGGUCCUCACAGCUUCGGGCGGGGCAGGCAGAGCCGAGCAGGCAAACGGUGCCAGCGCAGGAAGGCAAGAGCACGUGCUGAUCACGGAUUCUCUGAUGAACCAGGUAGGAUCAGCUGUGGACGGGGCACCUCCUGCCAGCUCCACACUGAGCAAGUCCUCCAGGGUCACCAAGUACAGCACGGUGCAGUACACACGCUCCUAAGUGCAGUGCCCAUAUUUCAGCAUGCAUCUCACUUCGAGCUUUUUCUUGAGACCUGGAUUUGUUGGUGCUUUAAGAAUGGCAUGGACUUGGGUGUGGUGGCUUCUGUCAAUGAUUGCGACCAAGAAGAUAGCAAAGAAAUCUGCUGUUAGCAUGGAACAUCGGCGAUGAAGCUUUUGAAGUGCAAAGGUGCAGGAAAUGUUUCUUUUCCUUGUUUGCUAUUUUUGUAACUAUUUUGCUAUAUAUAUGCUAUUUUUGUUAUGCAGUUAGUGUAAUAAUACCACAGAACAAAGCUGCAUAUUGCAGGAAAGCAGAAAAAAGUCUAAAAUCUAGCAAACCAUAAGUUAAGAUUCUAAUCUGUUGUUUAGUCUAUGCUGAAGUCCCCCCCCAGAGGGGCACCAAUUUCUCACCAUGCUUUUCACCAUGUUUUCCAUCUGUUACCUUGUGGGGCAAGGCAGCUCCCCUAAGCUGCAGCUGUGGGUCUCUGCACCCUCGUGAAUUCAUAGGAAAUUUAAGAAAUUUCACCUUCCUGACAAGCCCAAAUCACCAAAGUCCUUACAGCAGUGGUAUGUUGAUCUCCUGGAGGGUUGUCCAAACUUCAGGUUAUCAGCAUCUGUACCUUAAGCAAUCAGUUCUUGCUGUCUUUAACCUCUGUGCUAAUAUGCAAGUAGCAGAAAGAGCUGAGAACUCUUUUUUUUUUUUUUUUUUUUUUGGUACCUCUGUAAAAAUUCCAUUAUGUGGUGUAGAUGUAGACUGACAUGGAAAAGUGUUUGUAUCAUACAGAUUUUUCACUGACUUCAAAUUAGUCAUUUAAUAAUGCAUGAGAAACAGCCAAAACUUAUUUUGGCUUUAGAGCCAGAGAUUAAUUCAGUGGCUUCUGCUAGCAGAGUUUAUGGCUCUUAAGAAUCUGUUGAAUCUGAUUUACAAGUGCAAUUAAUUGAUUUUAGUUCUAUCUGUGAACUCCCAGAUAGAAGCAGAGGAAUGCAGCCUUAAUGCAUGUUUCUGCAGUUGUGCUGACUCCAGCAUCAGAACUCCUGUGGCCUUUGUAGUGCCAUGUAAUGGUAGUUUUAAAUAGCUCCAACAGUAAAAUAGAAAUCUCAAUAUAAUUCUGCAAUACUUAAUAUUAAUUCUCUUUCCACGAAAUCUGUGUGGUGAAAUGGAAAGAGUACUGUACUGUUUGGCACUAUGUAUAUAUGCACAUGUAAAUAUUUAUUUUUAUGCAGUUUGAAACAUUUUAAAGUGACUUUUUUAUAGGAAAAAAAUGAGCAUACACAAGUUCAUGUUUUGUCAGAGUGGACAGAAGUGUAUUAGAUCCGAUAUUAGUACUGUGUGUAUCUCAUACCUGUAAAAUCAGCAAGCUAGUCAUAUGGUAGUACAAAGCCCAUGGACCUGCGGAGCGUUCUGGUUGUCUCCAUCUGUGCUGGAGUUUUCACGUAGCUGCAGGCUACAUUUUCCACUGAUACGUUUUGCCUUUGACUAGAAAUACUUCCAGUGUAUUUUGUUUGAGGGGUAAGGUGAUUCAAACACAAAAAGUAAAAAACAUAAAAAGUAAGAAACAUGGCUAUGCUCAGCAGGGUGCACGUAAGCAUGGGCUGUUACAGUACAUGGAGGAGUACUUACAAGUAAAUCAAAUGAUGAGCUUGCUUAGACCUGCUGCUUAUUUCUCUCUCAAAGUCAUUUUUAAAGCAUAUAUCUUUUACUUUUAAGCAAGCAUGCAGUUUUAAGUGACCAUUUUUUCCUACAAUUAGAGGAAGUGAACUUCUGUAUUUUUAUGCAAUCUGAAAUAAAGAACUCUACUGCA